AUGAAUCGCAUAUUCGGGACAUCUGCGAGUAAGAAACCCAAACCGUCGCUGCAAGAUGCUAUUACCUCGACAGACUCUCGAAUGGCAUCCGUCGAGGUCAAGAUAAAGAAACUCGAUGGGGAACUCGCGAGAUACAAGGAUCAGAUGAGUAAACUGCGUAACGGACCCGGCAAGAAUGCAAUACAAGAGCGUGCCAUUCGUACACUCAGACAGAAACGGAUGUACGAAUCGCAGCUUGCCCAGCUUACCCAGCAAACAUUUAAUAUGGAAUCUGCCUCACUGGCGACAGAGAACUUGCGAAACACAAUGGCCACUGUAGACGCUAUGAAGCAAGCAAACAAGGAGUUGAGGAAACAAUAUGGGAAGAUUGAUAUUGACAAGAUAGAGAGUAUUCACUACGAUAUGGAAGAUUUAUUGGAGCAGGCAAACGAAAUCCAGGAAUCAUUGGGGAGAUCAUACGCUGUCCCUGACGAGAUUGACGAAGCUGACCUGCAGGCUGAAUUGGACGCGUUAGAAUUGGACGAAGAGGAAGAAGGGGCUUCUUAUUUGACGGAUCUGAAUAGGGCGCCAGACUUCGUCGACGAAGCGCCUGUUGAGCUGGGGGAGACCGAGGCGAAGGAGGCUGUCAGAACUACAGCUUAA